UGUCCCAACUGUGGAGGAACCAAUCACAAUCUUUUUCAGUGCACAAAGAAGUGUUUCUAUUGUGGAGAAGCUGGUCAUAAUGCCAUUCAGUGUAAGCUAGAGACGUUGAAAGCCGUCGAGCCACUUGAGGCGAUCGCUGAUAAUGCACGCCGCAACCGGGACAAGACGACUUGUUUGAUCUGUGGAGAGAAAGGUCACCUUGAAGUUGCCUGCUCGGUGAGGUGUUUCAAUUGUGGACAUGCUGGUCACAAAGCUGUUGAUUGCUUGCAAACGUGUUACUAUUGUGGAGGAGCUGCCCACAAAGCUACUGAGUGC